AUGAUUUUUGAAAUUAAUGAAUCUUUCUGUAGUAAAGAAGAGACUGUUACUCUUGCAGUAUUAAUUGUAGAAUUUCUCUAUAUAAGAGGAUUGAAAUUCAAAGUAGAUAUUAUCAAAGGCCUAAGGAGUAUUGGUGCUAAAGUAAUCCAUAGAGGAACUAAGCAACCAAAAGGAACUAUUGGCAUUGUAGUGGGCCUAACUAUGGGUAAUUUUACACCUGACAAAAUAACUACAGUGCUAGAAAUCGCAGAACCACCAGAGCUAUCGGAACUAUUAGAACCAUUGGAACAACUACCUAC